AGUAUUUUGCGUGAAAAAGACUGAACUAUAUGUUGUAUAGAUUAUUAGGUACAUUACAGUAAGAUAUAAUGUGCAUGUGUUGUGUUUUGCCACUUAAUUAUGGUUAGCUUUAAUUUUUUGUAGCUAAAUAUUUUCCACAAAAAUAGUAUGUUCAUCUAUAUAAAGACGGGGCCCUCUUUCGUUGUUGUUUUAACAUCAACACGUGCUCUGUUCCAUCACUUGUUCUACUGAACAUUUCGUACAUCUAGAUAAAUCUAUUGUUAUUUCUAAAAAUGUGUCUAGUUUUAAACUUCGCUAAUAAAUCAUAAACUAAAAAUGUUAGUUCAAUUUUUUUUUCGUAAGGCACAAAUAUGUGUUCAAGCAGAAUCAUCCACACGCAUGAUCUGACUAGGCCAUCACAAAUUUACAUGAAUCGUUAAACUGUUUUUUUGUCAACAGCCGGCAUUCAAUAUAUAUGUAUAUGUAUAUAUCAUAGGGGUAUCUUGUUGAAAUCUCUUAAUAUUAAGCAUUAUUUUCUCGUGUUAUAGUUCACAUAAAGCACAUCGUUCAAAUCACACAUUAAUUUAAUUUUUUUUUACAUUUACCAGUACGUAAAUAGAUCUACAUGAAUAGUGUGGCUCUAAAAAUCAAUUGGUCCAAGAUACAAUGACUAGAGAUCGAUCUUAUCGGUGUAUUCUUGACCACAAAAAAAGGCAUUCUAUUUUACUCGGUUUAGUAAAACACUUGCUGAUAAAGAGAACCGAAAUCACCUAGGAGACUCAAGGAAGGAAAAAAAAGGUUUGUUAAGAAUAAAUUUAGGAGGUAAAAGUUAAAUGAAAGUUAGUUUCAUUCACAUGCUAAAACAUGUGAUCUCUUCGUCGAUCUUCUGAGAACUCAGCCGACUAUAAACCAUUUAAGUCCCUAAAUAUAAAAUAUUUUAUUUUUUGUGAUUGCAUGAAGAAUGUGAGAGGUAACGUAUGCAGUAUAUCCCAUGUGGAUGCAUUGCGUUUCAAACCUUUUUCUCACAAUGCAACGUGACGUUACUGGAAUCUACCGAAAAUGCCGAGAAAGUUAAACUAGAAGAUAUUGGUUUUAUAUUUCUUUAGUAAGUACCCAGACACAUAUCAAUCAGUAUUCAUGCUUCGAAUAAAAAUUUAUAUGUUGGUUGAGAAAUUCUUUUAAUGCAUACAUAUACCAUUUCUACUCCAUUCACGGCUUUAACUCUACCGUUAGGGAAGUAUCUUACCAAAAAAAGAAAUACUAACUCAGAGACGAACCAAUUUGAGUGAUUAACUAGUCAUUAGAAACUACCUCUAACUACUAAAAUAUAAUAAAUAUAGACAUUUCUAAUUGGUCUUAGUGAAUUUCAAUGGAACGCAACAGAAGAUUCAGAUUGGUCCAUGCAGCAUUUUUUUUUGGGUCCAUGCAGCUUUAGACAAAUUGUUUCUUCUUUUUUUUUUUUUACAAACUUCACAACUCUCUCUUCCUUUAAAACCCUUAACCAUUCACCACUUCUCCAUUCACUAGUCUCUUUAUCUCUUACUACGAACAUUCAAAUAUAUAAAAACAUGUUUAUAAGGCUGAUUAGUUUUUUGGUUCUUGCCGGUUUCUACGUAGGUGUUGGGACCGGUCAGCCUCUUGUACCGGCUCUAAUCAUAAUAGGAGAUUCUGUUGUCGAUGCCGGUAAUAACAAUCACCGCACUACCCUCAUCAAGGCUAAUUUUCCUCCCUACGGACGGGACUUUUUCGCCCACAAUUCCACCGGCCGUUUCUCUAAUGGAAAACUCGUCAUUGACUUUACCGCUGAGAGCCUAGGGUUCACUUCUUACCCAGUGGCGUACCUUAGCCAGGAUGCAAAUGGGACAAACUUAUUAACCGGAGCCAAUUUCGCCUCUGGUGCUUCCGGUUUUGACGACGGAACUUCCUUACUAUACAACGCAAUCACUUUGAACCAACAGCUGAAAAACUACAAAGAGUACAAAAUCAAGGUGACAAAUAUGGUAGGGAGAGAUAGAGCGAACGAGAUAUUCUCAGGAGCCAUUUAUCUUCUUAGCACCGGUUCAAGCGAUUUUCUUCAAAGCUAUUACAUCAACCCGAUCCUUAACCGGAUUUUCACACCUGAUCGAUACUCAGAUCGACUCAUGAAUUUUUAUUCCACCUUUGUCCACAAUCUGUAUAAUUUAGGAGCUAGAAGGAUUGGAGUAACGACGUUACCACCGUUAGGUUGUUUACCGGCGGCGAUAACGAUGUUUGGUGGAGCUGGGAACAAUACAUGCGUCGAAAGACUAAACAGAGACGCAGUUUCAUUCAAUACCAAACUCAACAACACAUCUAUGUACCUAGCCAACAAGCUUCCCGGUCUGAAACUGGUUGUCCUUGACAUCUAUAAUCCUCUAUUGAGCAUGGUCAUGAACCCUGUUGCGAACGGUUUUUUUGAAUCAAGAAGGGCUUGUUGUGGAACUGGAACAAUGGAAACUUCGUUCCUAUGCAAUGCAAGAUCGGUGGGUACAUGCUCGAAUGCUACCAACUACGUGUUUUGGGAUGGUUUUCAUCCAUCUGAAGCAGCUAAUCGUGUUCUUGCAGCUAGUCUUCUUGUCCAAGGAAUCUCUCUCAUUUCCUGAACCUAAAUUAAACGAUUCAAACAACUAAGAUGAUGUAUGAAAAUAUAUUCUAGACCAAUUUACUUGAACUAUAUAUGAUUUCAACAAUUGUCUUAUUUAAUAUUUUCUCUAUAUUUGAAUUA